UAUUAUCGAAAAUUUGUACAAUCAAACAUCGUAUCGUUGCUAACGUAUGUUUUGUUUUCCACAUACGACAGGUGGCGGCGCUUCAUGAGCGUGCCAGAGCGCAUGUGUCAUACCGCAUCCAUAUUGCUUAUUCGCGAAUUGUUCGUGAAACAUGAUCGUCAACCAGUGUGGACACUUCAGCAAAUAGGUUACAGCAAAUUCGUCUACGAGCAACGGACAACGUUGAACACCGUUUUCGAACAAUUUCGUCAAUUAUUUACCGAUGAAUACACGCCUUCAUCAAAGAAUCUCGUUCGCAAAUUCAAAACGUAUUUAAACAUCAACAUUAUUCGCUGCAUGCUAUUGGCUGUUCGCAAGAAUAUCCAUACUAUCGUCGAACAUAAUUUACAAACUGUUGCUUGUGAGCGGCAAUCGUACUAUCACAUUCACGAACACCUCUCAAAACCAAUGUAGACUUAGCAUCAGAACGUGUUGCAUAGCAAUAUAGUCGGUUGCAUUAAAAUACACGAUUUCUACUUCGAUGGAAGGAAUACGCAGGACCAUACAACACGCGGCGUAUAAAACACGCUCGUGUAUCCCUGGCCUAAGGGGUCGUCGCACACAGCGGGUUUCCGCGGUUUUUAAAGGGCAGCGCUUAUUACACAGAUUGGAUUAAAGGUCUGGAGUCUCAUGGACGGUGGAGAGAGAGAAAGAGAGAAAAGCAGGAUAGGAGAAAGGGAGAGAAAGGGGAUAAAAUUGAAGAAGAACGUCGAGAAGAACUUGUUGUUAGAUGAAGAUUGAGAGUUGAAAGAGGGAAGACGUAUGGUCUCGGUUGCAAGUUUAAUGCAGACAUGAAACGCAUUCUAUCGUGUCUGAAUGAUCGGUAGAAAGAUGAUGAUCGAGACGAUGGAAUUGGAGAUAAUUAUUACGGGUGAAAUUAUGGACAGUCACGGAAAUAGGUGAACCGGUAAUAGUCGAAGAUUACUUUUAUAAAGAAUACUCUUCUUAUAAUCCAAUAAUAGUAAAACUUUGUUCGUUAUUUAUACAUAGCUUCACACGUAUCUUAAUUUUUCGUUCCAAUUUUUAAAAAGCAAAUAUUUGUCAAAAUAUUUAAAAGCAUAAGAACACGUAACCACCACGCGUAAACAAGAAUCUUUAUCUGGAUGGAGAAGAGAUACGACGAAAACAAAAUGAUAAAAGCUUGAUAUAUUCA